GGAAGUACCGGGAGUUAACAUGGCUUCGAAAGGACAGGUCGAGAGUUUAACAGAGGAGGUAAUUUGUCCCAUCUGCCUGGAUUUCUUCACCGAUCCGGUGUCACUGGAGUGUGGACACAACUUCUGCCGCUCCUGUAUCACACGGUGUUGGGAAAGGGAGGAGAGAAACUCCUGCCCGGAAUGUAGAGAGGAGUUUGCAGACCGCACCCUCAGGGUCAGUCGGGUGUUAGCAAGACUGGCCGAAAAAGCUCGAAAACUGCACCUGAAGCCGAAAGGGAAGGAAAGUAAACUUCACUGCGAGGAACAUGAGGAAGAACUGAAGCUGUUUUGUGAGACGGACAAGACUCUGAUCUGCCUGAUCUGUAGAGAUGCGCGGGAACACAAGUCUCACAACUUCAUGCCGGUUAAAGAAGCCGUUAACAUUUACCAGGAUCGGGUUAAAUCUUCCUUGGACUCUCUCACAAAAAGACAAACAGACUUCCAGGAAAUGGAGCAGCAACAGAAAGAGAAGAUUUCUGGAGUUCGGGAACAGUCACGAAGCAUUCAGUCCCAGAUCACAUCCCAGUUUGAUGAACUGCUCCGGAUUAUCACCGAGAAAGAGCAGCGCGCACUCCGAGAUGUCAGGGAAGAAGAGGAGAGGAUUCUAAAUCUAAUGGAGAAAAAUCUUCAGGAGAUUCAAGAGAAUUUAAAUUCCAUCUAUGAAGAAAUCUCAAAGUUACGGGAACAGAUGGAUCAUCAAGACAAUAUCAUAUUCCUCAUGGAGGAAGCUCGUCAGAAGAGGAGGAUCAGUGAGGAUGCCCACACAUUGUCAGUGACAGAUGGUGCCCUAUUGGUUGAAAAAUUCGAUCACCCCUAUUUGCUCAACAUAGCAUCAGAAGAAGUGAUUGGCGGCAUUAAACAAGUCUCUGUCACCCUGGAUGUGGAAACGGCAUAUCCGGAGCUUGAGGUGUCUGAGGAUCGGAAGAGUGUGAGAUGGACCAAGACCUGGAGGGAUCUCCCUGACACCGGGAAGAGGUUCACAGUCUGUAAAUGCCCCCGCUCCCAGCACUCAUCUGUGGGGGAUAAGGAGUUGGAAGGGGAUGAGGAGGGGUCAGAAGGUGAUGAGGAAGGAAAACACUGUGGUUUCAGCAGCAGCUGCGGGCGGCGGGCCCUGAGCUCCCCGGCUCCCAAAGUCCACCGGCAGAGUUAA